AUAAGGAACUCCGUCCCGACCUUAGCACCGCCGCAUGAUUGGAAGUUUGUCCGCCUAUCGAAUUAUUAUUGGUAGUUUAAUUGGCGUUGGACACCGUCGAAUCGUUAUCAGUGCGUUGAAUGCACGGACUUGUUCAGUCGCAAACCAAAUCUCGUUAGUGUGGCUCUCACAAGCACGCUUCCAUUGUUUCGCAUCGGUUCAAUUAGUAAAAUCCUCAGUCAAGAUGGCAUGUGACCUACCGAAAAGAGUUUGUAUCGUCGGAAGUGGAAAUUGGGGUUCGGCAAUUGCCAAAAUCGUCGGUUCGAAUGCGGCCAAACUGAAACAUUUCGAUGACAGGGUCACCAUGUAUGUCUAUGAGGAAAUUAUCCAUGGCAGAAAGUUGACGGAGAUCAUUAACGAACAACACGAAAAUGUUAAAUAUUUGCCGGGACACAAACUGCCCCCGAACGUUGUGGCGAUUCCGGAUGUGGUGGAAGCGGCCAAAGAUGCGGACAUCCUCAUUUUCGUCGUGCCCCAUCAGUUUAUCAGGACGCUGUGUUCGACAUUGUUGGGAAAAAUUAAACCAACAGCCAUAGCACUUUCACUGAUUAAGGGAUUCGAUAGAGCGGAAGGCGGUGGCAUCGACCUGAUAUCUCACAUCAUCCAAAGGCAUCUGAAAAUCCCAUGCGCCGUCCUCAUGGGAGCCAACCUUGCUGGCGAGGUUGCCGACGAGAAGUUCUGCGAGACAACAAUCGGCUGCAAAGACUACAAACUGGGCUACAUUCUCAGGGACAUCAUCCAGACCGACUAUUUCCGCGUCGUCGUUGUAGAUGACGAGGACACCGUCGAAGUGUGCGGUGCUCUCAAGAACAUUGUGGCUUGCGGAGCCGGUUUCGUCGACGGCCUGGGCCUGGGCGACAACACGAAGGCGGCCGUCAUCCGCCUGGGACUGAUGGAGAUGGUCAAAUUCGUUGACGUUUUCUACCCAGGUGGCAAGCUGUCCAGCUUCUUCGAGAGCUGCGGCGUCGCCGAUCUGAUCACCACCUGCUACGGUGGACGUAACCGCAAGGUGAGUGAGGCCUUCGUCAAAACCGGUAAAUCCAUCAAGGAACUCGAGGACCAAAUGCUGAACGGACAGAAAUUGCAAGGACCGUUCACAGCCGAAGAAGUCAACUACAUGUUGAGGGCGAAGAACAUGGAAGAGAAGUUCCCGUUGUUCACCGCCAUUCACAAGAUUUGUACGGCCGAACUUCCAGUCACGGAGUUCAUCAACUGCAUCAGAAACCAUCCGGAGCACAUGAAUUCUAGAAUAGAUGUGUCUGACAGACCCAUGCCUCAACAUGCUAGCAAACUUUAACAAUAUCAUAUUGCCUACUAACUGAGUUUGGGUGUUAAUUAACAUGAUUUUGCUUAAUUUUAUGGUUGGUUCGAACUUCAAAGGAUAAUCAAACCAUCUAACAAAUAGCCUUAGGAUAUUAACAUUCUGUGAUUUUUUUUAUUAUUUUGUAUAAUUAUUUUUAAUUUUAUAUACUUAAGUAAUUUGAAUGGAAAUAAAUAAUAUCCAUUA